UUGUUCAGUUGUUCACUCGCCGCCGCCGCGUUAGCACACUCCAAGCGUCUCCUCGCACUAUGUACCAGCAAACAAACAACACAUAAACCUUCCAAAAUGAAGCCAAAUCGGUUAUAACGUUUUUUUUAAACCCAUUAAAUUUAGUUCGAUUAUAUUAUUUUGUGAUAUUUAAGUUUUAUCUUUUGUUAUUAUUUAUAUCCAUUAUAACCAUGGGUCCUUUUUAUUAUAUAUAAAUAUUUUAUUAUUUUUAAAUAAUCAGUGCUCAAGUUAAUCUCAUUCCAAAAAGUCGCGCUAUUAAAAUUUAGUCUGAUAAUAUCUUUUAUAAAAACUGAAAUGACGGCAAAAACUCGUUCACAUUGGAAGGAAUAUGGAACAGCGCUCUGUGCUACACUUAUCACUGCAACGGCAGGUACCUGCUACGGAUGGCCAUCACCAACACUUCCGUACUUAAAAUCAAGCGAGAGUUCGAUACCAACAACAGAGGAUGAGGGAUCGUGGAUAGUUUCUAUCAUGAUUUUAUGCUCAGCAAUAACACCAAUACCAUCGGCUUAUCUGGCCGAUAGAUUUGGAAGGAAGACAACUCUACUUAUUGGAGCCAUACCAUUCAUCCUGGGCUGGGUGCUGGUCAUCGCUGCCAAAUCUGUGGCAUAUCUUUACGUAGCUCGAAUGUUCUCUGGUCUUGGUUAUGGAAUAGUAUACACCGUCGCUCCUAUGUAUACAGGAGAAAUAGCAACAAAUGAAGUCAGAGGCGCCCUCUCAACCCUCAUUACAUUAUUAAAUAAGGUUGGUAUUCUUGGCCAGUACUGUAUUGGCCCCUUCGUUUCAAUGCGAACCCUAGCAGGCAUCAACUUGAUCCUACCAAUUACCUUCGUCAUUACCUUCAUCUUUUUACCAGAGUCUCCUUAUUACUAUCUUAAAUUUGAACGCAGUGAAAGAGCUGAAAAUUCACUAAGGAGAUUGAGAACCGGCGAUAUAAGACUCGAAUUAAAGAAUAUAGAAGUAAGCGUCCAAGAGGAUAUGAAAAAUAAAGGUACAUGGUGUGAUCUAAUCUCUGAGGCCACCAAUAGAAAAGCCUUAUGGAUAAGUUUGGGAGUUUUCACCAUUCAACAGUUAUGUGGAAGUGCAGCUGUAGUGGCCUAUGCUCAAGAAAUUUUCGCAACCACAGAAACCAAAAUUCAGCCUUACCAAGAAUCUAUUAUCCUAGGCUGCGUACAAGUGGCAACGUGUUGCCUUUCCGUUGUUCUAGUGGAUCGUCUGGGUAGAAAACCAUUGUUGCUGCUGUCAGCUCUCGGCGUGGGAUUAAUGAAUGGUGCUCUUGGAACAUAUUUCUACUUCGAUACCACAAAUAAGUCUUCUGUAACACCAUUAUUCUGGUUACCUAUCGCUGCUCUUCUAAUUUACAUAGUUUGCUACGCAAUUGGUCUGUCAACGGUUCCCUACGUGAUUAUAAGCGAAAUGUUCCCAACGAAUGUUAAACUAUAUGCAUCCUGUGUUGCACACAUUUACACUGGAGUAUGUAUGUUUGCAGUUCAGAAACUUUUCCAGGUUGUAAAAGAUCUAUGCGGAAUAUACACAGUAUUCUGGGGAUUCUCAGCAUUCUCUAUACUGGGUUUGAUCUUUAUGCUCGCCGUGCUACCAGAAACGAAAGGCAAGUCCUUCGUUUCUAUCCAGGCACAGUUGAGAAGAGACGUAGCGCGGGAUAACGCCAGAAAACUUAUGACCGUUGAGUAUUAAAGGAUAACAUAGACUUAAACUAGGGAUCAAGUUGAAAUGAAACUUAAAAUAUUGAUUAAUUAAUGUAAUGAUAGAUUUACAUACGUACUUAGUGGCGUUAACGUCAUGUAAGUAGCCUAUAAAAGGGUAAGAGUGGGAGUAGAGUUGGAACGAGAAGAGAAGCACUGGAAAAGGCGGUGAAAUCUUCUGGGUCGUAGUCGGCGGGCAGGCCUCGAGAGGAUAUUACACUCGUGUACAAUUUCGCCGAUUCCUUAGCAGUUCUCGUCUUGUUGGGACUAUUGAAAUCGACCAAGUAAAGACCGAAGCGGGACCUGCAAUUGCAUUUACAAUGACAAGUGAAAUUAUAGAGUGAUUUGAGUUAAA